UUGGAGCCUUCUAUUGGUACCGCUUUCCCGGAACUGUUAGAGGAAGAGUUAGUUGCUUCUUCCUGCGUCCCAGGCUUCCCAGCGGCGCCCGUUGCCGGGGAACGCGGGCGCCUUGGGAAGGGAUGGCGGGAUCGUACAGCUUAGGAGCUGGCACCUGCACCGAGUUGGUGACGAAGGGCCCGGGUUCGGCAUGAAACAACGGAAAGGCCAAGUGUCUGUGGGCGGCCGUGGGCGCAAGAAGAGAGGUUUGAGUGACAUUUCACCAUCUACAAGCCUGCCACCUCUGGUUGAAGGGCAGUUACGCUGCUUUCUCAGACUUACUGUUAAUAAAGUUGUAUGGAAGGUCGCAAAGCCUCCCACUUGUGUACUUGUCCGAGUGAGAUGGUGGGGAGAAACAUCAGCUGGAACCCUCUUUUGUCCCAGGGAUGCACUGCAGACUGAGCCAAAAGCUGUGAGGACAACUACUCGUUACGCUAUCCGCUGUGGUCCGAAGCAGUUUACCUCAUACCUAACAGAUAUGGCUGUGCUGGUAUUGGAAGUAAUCACCAAGCUUGAUCAUCUUCCAGUUGGCAGAGUUCAGAUCAACGGACUUGCUCAGCUGUCUCCAACCCAUCAAAUCAAUGGAUUUUUUACCAUUGUUUCACCAGCAUCUAGGAAACUUGGGGAACUUCAGGUCUCACUUGCCCUGGAGCCUCUGUCAGAAACUUACAACAGUUACAAGCCUCUUCCUACUACUGACGUGACAGAAAAUGUGCUUUUAUCUGAGCGAGAACUCAAAGGGAAUACUGAAUCCAGCAACACCCAGUCUAUGAUUCUGUCAAGGUCUUGUGGGGUACCUACCAUCAAAAUUGAUGGAAAGGAGUUAGCAGGCAGCAUCAGUAGGUCAACCACACCAAGGGGAAAGGACCACUUGUACUUUGCAGAGACCUCUGAUGAGGUAAAGAGUUCUUUGUGUGGACCACAGCAUAACCCUAAUUCAGGGCCAAGUGCAGAGACUGUAACUCCGAGAGGCAAAGCCCCACAGAAGCAGCUGUCCCUCCUGAACAGUUCUGCAUUUCAGCCACAAUUUAGUGCAGCUGCCAAGAGUCACAGUGACUCAUGCAUCCUGUCUUCAAACAGACCCCCAACAAAGGACCUGCUCUCAGCUCUCCUGGAACAAGGCAAUAAACUGCGGAAUGCCAUGUUGAUUUCUGCAAUGAACUCGAGCCCAGAUACUAGUAUGCUGCUGGACAAAGUUCCUCCUCCUGUGACGGAGGAUGUUUUCAGAUCAUCAGCAAUGAACUCAUCUAAGAAUCAACCUAAAGACCACAGUGAGGACCACCUCCUCCCUACGACUAAGAAUACGCUUUGUAAGGAUGACUCAGGAGCUGACAGCAGAGCUAUACAGCUGCUGCUAGGCAGUGCUGAAUUAUCCCAAGGUCAUUUCUGGAGUGGAUUAGGCUCUCCUCCAGAUUCCCCAUCUCCUGGGAGUGAUGUCUAUUGCAGCAGUGAUCUGAAUGACCCUCAGUACGACCAGAGUCUCCUGGAGAACUUGUUCUACACAGCACCUAAAUCUGAUGUCAGCCCCAGUGAUUUCCUCAGUGAAGAUGAUGACAUGGAACCUUCUAAAACAAUAAAGCGGUCAAAAGCCUCUGGCAGUUCUAGGGAGCACAAGAUGAAGAAGAGGGCAGCUGUCAAGGAAAGCAGGGAUCUGGUUGACCAGCAAGUGCCCUCAAGAAUUCCAGAACAUACCCCGGCGAUAUCACUAAGUGUGGAUAGACUGGCUCUCCUGGGUAGAAUACAUUCGGUCAGAAUCAUCAUUGAAACCAUGGGAGUUCCUCCAGAUAGUCCCCAAAUGACACCAAGCAAGAAAAGCUUUCCCAGCAAACCACCAAAACCAGCAGCAGCAAAAAAACGCACUUUCUUUGUGGAGUAUCACUUCCCUGUGGGCUUUUCCAAACGUGGACCGGGAAAGACAGUUUUAAUCACCGAGGUGGUUCGCCUUGCCUCCAGUAAGAUCACGGAUGGAGUGGUGAAAUUCCAGCAGCGAUUUGUAUGUCCAAUAGAGUUUGGUGGCCCAAUGAUACAACACUGGUGGGAGUCUAACCUCACCUUCCAGAUUUAUGCAAAGAAAACCCCACAGAAAAAGCCAGAACUCAUUGGAUCUGCAUCUCUCCCUUUGCGAGCUAUCAUUCAGUCGGAGCUGCUUUCUUUCAGUAGCCAGCUUCCGGUACAACAAGAAAAUGGUCCAUCUUCACUUGGUCCCCUAAAGGUCACCACAGAGCUUGUUCUAGGCGGCAAGGGUUUCACUGGCAGCAGUGCUAAGUUAAGUAGCAGCACCCAACAUGCUCCACUUCCUGCUUUUACAAGUCCAGAUGUGAUACUGCCAGAAACAAGCCAGGAUACCGCCUGUACCAAAAAUCCACAGAACUUAAAUCACAUUCAUGAGGAAACUGCAAAGAAAACACAGAAUUUAGUGUUUUCCCACACAGAGUCAGCAAGCCCUAUUGCCCCCAGUUCUUCAGCAUUCAUGGCUGUGCCACCUCAUAAUGUAGUACCCCAGACAAAUGGGUCAGCAAAAGAAAAUGCUUUACUCUUGCAUGUACUGUUGAUGGUGCCAGAUGGGAAAGAUUUUGUGUCUGGAGAAUCAGAGAAACACCCACCAUGCAAUGUUUAUUUAAAUUGCAAGCUCUUCAGCACAGAAGAAGUCACCAGAUCUGUCAUCUCGUGGGGCACAACACAGCCUGUCUUUAAUUUUUCUCAGAUGAUUCCUGUCUCUCUGUCUUCCAAAUACCUGGAAAGACUUAAGAACAAUGUGAUGAUAAUUGAAACUUGGAACAAGGUGCGGAGCCCAGGACAGGACAAGCUGCUCGGGCUGGUGAAACUCCCCCUUCAUCAGUUUUACAUGUCAUUCAAAGACCCCAAGAUUUCUCGCCUGCUGCUUGAUGCCAAGUACCCAGUUGUUGCUGUCGACAGCUAUAUGCCUGUGAUUGAUGUGUUCUCAGGCCAACAAAAUGGGAGUCUUCGAGUCUUUUUAGCCAUGGGUUCUUCAGAUCAGAUAAUGACGCUACAAAGAUUAAAGAAUGAAGAAGGAACAUUCCCUCCCUUCAGCCCUAGGCCAGCCCAUUUCCUGGACCAGCCACCUGUAGCAUCUGUUGCCAUGCCAGAAAACCAGGGAAACCAAUUGAUGGAGCACCGCUUUGAGUUCCAUGUGGUGAUGGUUAAAGGGCUCGUGCCCCUUCAGGCAACAGUGUGGGGAGAAGCAGACUGUUACGUCCAGUACCAUUUCCCAUUCCAAGACUUCCAACCCAGUGUGCUCCAAGGACCUGACUUCCUUGAAAAUGGAAUUACUCUGAAGCCCUUUAGAACUUCAACCACACUGUGUGUUCCAGAUCCCAUCUUUAAUAGCGAGCACCAUCACACUCUCUUGUUGCCAGCCGAAGUUCCAGUGCAAAGGCUGCUGCUAAGUGCCUUCUCCCAGGGACUGGUGCCUGGAGGUGGAGUCCAAUUUGAAAUCUGGUGCAGAUACUAUUAUCCUAACGUAAGGGACCAGAUGGUUGCCAAAGGAACCUUGCCAUUAUCAAGGAUCUGUGCCAUGGUAACCAUGCAGCACCGUGAAGAUAUGGGAAUGCAGAACUUCAGCCUCCCGUUAACCCCCAGACUUGAGAGCAGCAAAGAGUUGAAGAACCAGUCAUCAGGUUUGCUGGAUGUGGGUGUGAGGUACCUGCGCAGUCCUAGAACAACAGAGGGAGUUCUUGCUGCCCGAGCUGUCUCCAUCUCAGUCCAGAUUAUCAGAGUGGUCUGCAGGCAGCAGCCAAGUAAGGCUUUGGCUGAGCAGGAACCCGCUCUACAGUUCAGUGCCACCGUCGGAGUCAAUGCUUCUGUCACCACUCAUCUCUCCUUCCUGCCCAAGGGGGAACAGCGCCGAACCCGCCCUGUGGCCUGUUCUUUCUGCCCUGAGUUCUCCCAUCACAUUGAGUUUCCAUGCAGCGUAGUGACUCAGCACUGUAGUGGAGAAGCCUGUUUUCUGGCAGAGCUAUUAGAGUUUGCAGAAAUUAUUUUUGCUAUCUAUCAUGAAAAUACCAAAUCAGUCAGUGAUAUAAUCAGCAUCCAGACAUGCAAGGAUUAUCUGCUUGGAGUAGUAAAGGUUCCAACCAAAGAUCUGCUGGUCAAGAGUUCUGGAAUCACAGGAUGGUACCCUGUCAUUUUACCAGAAGAUGAAGGCCUGCCUCAGCACCUGGAGGUCAUGCAGAAGAUCGUAGGAGGUCUGGAGAUUGCUGUUUCCUUCACUCAUCCUGGAGAUAGAGAGCGGGUAUUGGAAGCCGCUGAGCUGCUGGGCUGGAGCUCUGAGAAUAGCCUGAAGGAUCUUGUCAAGAUGGAAGAAGAGGUGCCAGUCACUGUCACCAUCUCCACCCCAAGACUCUGGCUUCCUCUACACUGUGUGCUGCUUGCUGGCCAUAAGAACAUUCAUAAGAAUACAUAUUGCUACCUUCGCUACAAGCUGUACAGUCAAGAAGCCUUUUGGACCCCUCUCAGGAAACCCAAGGAGUCUGCAAACAAAAACCAGGUCCUGGUUACUUUCAAGGCAUCCAAAAGAGCAGAAGUCACUCGGAACCAGUCACUGCUUUGGUACUUCAGGGAGAAAAAGUUAGAGGUCCAAGUGUGGCGAGCAUAUGGCAAUGAUAGUUUAGAGAGGCCACACAAUACUGACAGCUGGAUUGGCUCAGCCUAUGUAGACCUGUCCAGACUUGGGGGAAGAUCACCAAGGACUCUAACUGUCAGUGGUGUGUAUCCUCUGUUUGGAAGAAAUGCUUCUGACCUCUCUGGAGCUGCUUUGCGCAUUCAUGUGGUUCUUUCCCCUCUCUCUGCACACACUGAGCCCACUCGUGAGCAGGAUUCCAUGGACUGCAGCAGCCACAGUGAGUCUGAGCAGCUCCCCAGAAAGGACAAUGAGCUCCAGCUGUCUCCACCCUGUGUCCUCCAGAAGUCUCCUGCCUCCACCCAGGGCUACUGCACCAGCCCUGCAGCAAAAGCAUGCCUCGCCCAGGAGGGCCCUCCUGAGUUGGACGGGACUUUUGCAGUCAGUAUCCUGGUAGAAAGAGCGAUGCACUUGAGCUUGAAAGGGAGCCCCUUGACAGAGCGGAAAGUAUCCCUGCCCAGCUGCUGUGUAUCCUUUGCGACAGCUACUGAGCUGUCUCCUGUGUAUACCCAUGUGGUUGAAAACACGGACUCGCCCAUCUGGAAUUUCCUACAGCAGUCGAGGUUAUCAAAAGAGCUGAUCCUGGACCCUCAUCAGACCCUGGUCUUCAAAGUGUGGCAUAAAGGAGAUGAGGAGAGGGUGAUUGGCUUUGCCUCGGUGGAUCUCUCCCCACUACUGUCUGGCUUUCAGUUUAUCUGUGGCUGGUACAAUAUUACAGACUUCAGUGGAGAGUGCCAAGGGCAAAUAAAAGUUGCUAUUUCCCCUUUGGAGAGUCUGAUGCACUUAAAAGAAGAAAGACAAGCAAGACGAGGGAUGGAGACUCCAGGAUCCCUGAUACCAUUGUUCAACCCCUUUUCCUUUCCUGCCUCUACUAUAUGUGAUGCGCUCCCUGGGCCCACUGCAAGGCACAUCCAAGACCAACUUGCUCACACUUCUCCAAGGGAGGUUGAUUUCUCCUCUCCUGCAAGAAGUGGUGCCAUAAGAAGCCAGGCGGCCCGCCAUGAAGAACACGUGCAGAACAUCCGCCGAUUUCACGAAUCCCUGCAACACGGGGAAGCAGUCUUGGCAAGUGAUGAAAAACUGACUGCAGUGCCUUCGUCCUCCCACACCUCCAUUCUCACGUCUCUCAGGAAGAAUCUGAGUGAGCUAGAUGAGAUCCAGAAGUACUUCAACCAGAAGCUCAGCAAGCCUUUCCUACCCUUCAGCUCCCACAAUUCUGCUGUCUCGCAGAGCCAGGAGAGCCAGAGGGACUCCGUGGAGCCAGGAACUAGCAGCCAAGACCCUGAGAGCCAGUGCAUCCUGGAGAAAUCCAGUAACCUGGUAUUGCAAGUCAGCUCCUUAAUUUCAGAUCUGCAGACCAUCACCAGAGAUUCACAAGCAGCUUCGACUUCUCACCAAGCCAGGAGUAGAAGCAGAGCGGUCAUCACCCUCCCAGAUGCUCAGGACACCGAGGUCUUGCGAGAAGGAAGCACCACUCCUGAGGAGCCAUUGGCAGGAACUGUAAAGGCGAGCACAAAUUCCCUGCCUUCCCGUGUUCUCGAAGAGACUUCAAAGGGAGGAGGGGUGCUUCGGGUGCUCUGUGAAUCGCUGGAGCAUACAGUGCCCAGCACAAGGCUGCAGAGCAGUGAUGACACUGAGGUGGGCCCAGACUACAGUGAUGAAGACUAUGAAGAAGACAUUAUUGAGCCCAGGACCCUAAAUGAAAUCACCACAGUGACAGACAAAACUAGCCCCUGGUCCAGCUUCAUGUCAGACAUGAGUGAGGUCCUCAGCCCUCGACCCAAUGAGGUGCAAAGGGAAGGCCCCUCCAGUCCUCCAGGACCUUUUCCCAGAGAUGACCCAAAGGUCAGAGGUAGCCCUCAAAAGGCAGUCAACCCCCAAUCUGGACAGGGCUCCCCUGGACAAAGUGUCGAUUAUGAGGGUAGAGCCUAUACGACCAAGAUUGAAGAGCCUGCCUCAACCAAGCCUCAGCUUGUCCCAGGCCUAACAUUCUCAGGAGCCCAGGAGAGUAAUGACUCUGUUGGACUGAGCUCACCACAGAUGAAUCAGGACAAGACACCCAUGCCGAAGAUGCUGGCUGAGAGUGAAGCUUUCUCCAGUGAGCUCAGUGACUCUUCUGAGAGCUUUGAGAAGCUGCCUCUACACCUGUCCUCCCAAAGCAAAAGGGGAAACCACAAGGAGCCACCCACAGACUCCCCUGCUGAGAGGCAGAAGCAGGUACCAACGGGAUCAGAGGUAUCCACAAGGCCGAAGCUCCUCCCAGAACCUGUUGUGGUGCCCAACUUCUUUUUGCCUCCCCAGCAGCUGGAGGCUUCUCUACGCAUGCUCUCUCACUCUCCAGCUUUGCCACCACCAACCACAACUGACCAGGACAAGAGUGAAGCCACCAAGGGAGCCCUCGCCCAGAGGCCUGGUCGUCCCAGACCUAACUCCCUCCCUCCCAACCUUCCUGAGGAAGAGACUCGCAGGAUUGCGCGGAUAUUUUCUUCCCAGUAUUCCCAGAAGACUGAUGAAGCCUGAGAGACUGAGGGAAGCGACUCCCAGCCAACCUCCCUCAGCUUUGUUCAGCAGAAGGUACCAGGUCUGUUUCCCUCGGCAUCCUGACACCACCACCACCAUUAUCCUGUCCCAUGGGUAUCUUGAAACCUAAUCAGCUAAGACUAGAGAAGUGUCCCGAACCACCUAGCCCCGCCUGCCAGGACCUUAACUUCCUUCUGUAAUGACGCAACAGCUGGAAAUGACUCUAGUGCCCAAGUGUCCCACCCCAGCUUCUGACUGUGGGGCCUAAGGAGGACCUCUGAGCAGAGGAACCAGUGCUCUUGACCUAGCCCACCGCUGACCAGAGCCUUCCCUCUGAUUGAAUAGGACAGGCUCUUUUUGCCUUAAAUUUGGAGGGGGCAUACAGUAAGUGUGUGCAUAGCUGAGAAAAGUCCAGGGCCCUGUCCAGCUCAUUUGUUUGGAAAUGAGGUAUUUGAUAGAUAUAAAUUAUUUUUAUGAUGUAUUGAAUUAAUCAAUAGAACAGGGGGAAUGAAUCACCUCCUUUAAAACUGUAUUUGAUUGUCUGAACCCUAACCAUGUUUUUAACUUAAUGCUUGUUUUUUUAUUCAGCUCUGAAAUGCAUUGUUCUUGCAUUUGUUUUAAUAAAAGUAUGGCAUUUGUAUUCGUGUACAAGUA